AUGCAAACUUCAAUCAUUUUAUCUUGUCUCUUUGCCCUCUCGGCCAUGGCAUUACCAACUCCUCAGGAACAUGUUCAUCACAAACACUCCAAGAGAUCCAACACAUGUGCUUUUCCUACAGACAAGGAUCUCGUUGAAAUUACCCCAAAGUCUGACAACGCUGGCUGGGCCAUGUCGCCUGAUCAAUCAUGUUCUUCUGGAACCUGGUGCCCAUUUGCAUGUCCUCCAGGUCAACUUAUGAACCAGUGGGACUCUUCUGUGACUUCCUACAGUUACCCCGGAUCCCAGCAUGGAGGUCUCUACUGUAACGACGAUGGUGAACUUGAAGUUCCAUACUCCGAUAGAGACUACUGUGUUGAUGGAAAGAAGACUGUCUCUGUCAAGAACACUGCAGGCGAUGAGGUUGCUUUCUGUCAGACUGUUUUGCCAGGUAACGAGGCUAUGUUGAUCCCAACAUCAGUUAAAGCUGGCGACUCUCAGGUUUUGGCUGUUCCCGGAACCGAUUAUUGGGCUUCUACUUCGGCACACUAUUACGUGAACCCUCCAGGUGUUUCAACUGAUGACGGGUGUGUCUGGGGUUCCACUGCUAACCCAUACGGUAACUGGUCACCAUAUGUUGCCGGUAUGAACAUGGAUGACAGCGGAAACACCUACGUCAAGGUUGGCUGGAACCCAGUUUACUUCGAGGAUUCUUCUCCUUUCAAGGACCAAAAUCCAUCAUUUGGUCUCAAGGUUACUUGUGACGAUGAAUCUAAGUGUAACGGUGGUUCAUGUACAAUCAACCCAAAGACUGUUGGUCUAAAUAAGGUCAAGUCCGAUUCCGCUGGUGAAAGUCUUGAUGCAGCAUAUUGUGUGAUCACUGCCAGUGACUACGGUUCUGCUACCAUCGAGGUGUUUGAUUUAUGA